AAAUUGACUAAAACAAGAAAGAAGACUGUAAACCGUAGUCAAUCCUUAUUAGAAAUUAUCCACGCUGAGAAAUAAAAUCUGAUUUCAUCCAUUUGUGCAUGUAGUCGUUUCGUCGAUCUUGGAGACAUCUUAGCACCUUUUAGUUGUGUUUCCAAACUCUAUUCCUCUAAUUGUUGUCUCUGAGUUCCUUAUGUCGAGUUAGCAAUCUCUUUAUCAUUAGCUCCCUCAGAUUCUAAGAACUCAACCGCCUCAAUCCCUAACACCUCUACUUCGAGUCUCAUCGAAUAAGUCAAAUCUGACCCUUUCCUCUUUUUCUUUAGUUACGAACAACUAGCAACCUUCCUCAAUCAUGGUAUCCCUACCUUAGCACUAGCGAAGCUGAGAGGAAACCCUAUCCGUAUUUAUUAUUAUUACUUUCAAAUUUUAAGGUGUUUAAACGUUUUGUGCAUUCAGGUUAGUCUAUUUGUACUAAUGAGUUGUGCUUUUUAAGAUUUUUUGUGUUAUGUUGUGCUUAAUUCCAAAUUUUUCAUGUGAAGUAUCUAUUUUGUGUUGUUUCAAAAUUUUGGCAAGCAUUCAAUCUCCCAUCCCAAAAAUUAAAACAAGUUUUUAACUGAACCACCACUGGUUACCCUAUUAAGUUAACUAAUAUUUUUGGGUUGAUAAAUAUUUAUUUAUAAUUUUAUAUGUAUAUAAUAUGCCACAGUAGUACUUGGUCAGUGGCCACCUAUAUAUAGCUUUCUUCUCAUUAUUCCCUCAUUCUUACACAUAUGUGAGAAUAUAUAUAUAUAGAGAGAGAGAUGGGUAUAAGAGAGGGUUUGGAUGAGGUGAAGCCAGCUCUGAUGAUGGUGGUUGUUCAGAUUGCAUAUGCUGGAGUCAAUGUGUUCUACAAAUUGGCAGCCAACGAUGGAAUGAACUUGAAAAUCAUUAUAGCUUAUCGCUUCGUUUUCUCCACUGUUUUCAUUCUUCCUCUUGCUUUCUUCAUUGAAAGGAGAGAUAGGCCAAAACUGAGUUGGGCGAUUCUUUUUCAGGCAUUUUUGUGUGGGUUAUUUGGGGGAUCACUAGUACACAAUUUAUAUAUUGAAAGCUUAAAUGUAACAUCAGCAACGUUUGCCUCCGCCAUGAACAACCUCAUUCCUGCUAUAACCUUCUUUUUAGCCGUCUCCUUCAGGUUAGAGAAGCUGAACAUUGGAAGAUCAUCAGGGAAGGCUAAGGUGUUGGGAUCACUAGUUGGAAUAGGUGGAGCAAUGAUUCUAACCUUGUACAAAGGAGUAGAAAUCAAUAUUUGGUCAACACACGUUGACCUUUUAAAACAUGGUCAACAUCAACAGAGCCACGAGGCAUCACCAAAGGAUGAGUAUGGUAAUCGCAUCUUGGGGUGCCUAUUAUCUGUGGGUAGUGCAACAAGUUACUCUUUAUGGCUCAUAGCUCAGGCAAAAAUGAACCAGAUUUAUCCUUGUUAUUAUUCAAGCUCAGCUUUGAUGUCAGUAAUGGGAUUAAUACAAUCAGUAGUUUUUGCCUUGUGCACAGAGAGGGAUUUGAACCAAUGGAAGUUAGGUUGGAAUAUCAGGCUUCUCACUGUGGUAUACUCGGGUGUUACAGCUUCAGGAUUAGUGGUGAUACUGAUUGCGUGGUGUGUGAAAUUGAGAGGUCCUGUGUUUGUCUCAGUUUUCAAUCCUCUCAUGCUUGUCCUUGUAGCAAUUGCUGGCUCUUUUAUUCUCGACGAGAAAUUACACUUGGGCUGUGUAUUAGGGGCACUGUUAAUAGUGUUUGGACUAUAUCUGGUGCUGUGGGGAAAAGGAAAAGAGAUGAAGAAGAAAGUUAUAGUAGCAAUAACUACUUGAAAAAGCUGUGGUGAUCAACCAGCUGAAUCAUCAUGUUGUACAGUACUUGCUCCUACUAAUAAUCCCAACAAAAUAAUAUUGUUCAACACCAACAAUAUUUAAUGGAAGCACAUGAACAAUUGAUGCAUCCAAAUAAGGAUUUCACAUAUGUCAAAUUUAUAGCUCAUCUGAACUGAAAGGGAACAUCGUCAAGCCAAGGAUUCGCAAAGAACAUAAACAAAUUAGUAAAAUAAUAAUAAUUCAAAUUUUGUACUUUCGCACAUCUACGUAUCAUAUAGGUCUUUUCCAAUUUUAAUCAUGUGCGGAAAACCAAUUGAAGCAUUAA